GCCGCACGGAGGUGGAAUAACGUGCAUCUGAACGUGUUUUCUCGCCAGAUCUCUUCGCUGUCUAUUGGAAUCACGUUAGCACGCUAGUUAACUCAUCUGGUUCCUCAACUUCAGUCAGUUUGUUUGAAGAUCGGUUAUAGUAAUUAGCGAAACAAAAGUACUCUGUUUGUAUGCUCUAUGUUAUACAUGCGUGUAUUAUCACGCUAUGUUGGCUGAAUGUGACAAUGGGUUAAAGUCACGAGCUAACCGGCUAACCAGCUAACAAGGUGAAAUCAUGCAGCGGUCAGAGGGCGGCUCAGAGUCAGCGUCCACUGUGGCGCUGAGAACAUCCACUUCGGCCCAGGCGCUGGUGGUGCAGCCCGUUCCCGCCUCACAACAGCGUGUGUUAGUUCAGGCCACUGGUUCUUCCCAGAAGGGAGCUCAGGUGCAGCAGUUGUCAGUGCCUAGAGUGCAACAGGUCCCUCAGCAGGUCCAACAGGCUCAGCAUCUGUAUCAGUCCCAGGUGCAGUAUGUGGAGGGAGAAGAGGCGGUCUACCCCAAUGGCACAAUUCGAACUGCAUACUCGUAUAACCCAGAGUCACAGCUUUAUGGACAGGGCAGUGGAAGCAACUAUUUCGACUCUCAAGCCGGGGGCACCCAGGUCACCACCGUUGUCUCCUCUGCUGGCGGAGUGCCAACCCACGGCAUGGUGGGCAUAGCCAUGGAUGUGGGCGGCAGUCAGAUAAUUUCCAGUGGCAGUGCAUACCUGAUCCACGGUGGGAUGGAGGGUGGCCGCCACCUCUCUUCUCACUCUGCCCGCUCCUCAUCUGCUAUGCUUGAAAUGGCGAUUGAAAACCUCCAAAAGUCAGAAGGGAUUGCCACUCACAAAAGCAGCCUACUCAACAGCCAUUUGCAGUGGCUACUGGAUAAUUAUGAGACGGCUGAAGGUGUGAGUCUGCCACGCAGCUCUUUAUAUAACCACUACUUGAGACACUGUCAAGAACAGAAACUGGAUCCGGUGAAUGCUGCCUCCUUCGGCAAACUCAUACGCUCUGUUUUCAUGGGCCUUCGCACACGCCGACUUGGCACCAGGGGGAACUCAAAAUACCAUUAUUAUGGCAUUCGUCUGAAGCCUGACUCGCCCCUCAACCGCUUCCAGGAGGACACUCAGUACAUGGCAAUGCGACAACAACCUGUCCAUCAGAAACAAAGGUUCAAGCCCUUCCACAAGGUGGACGGGAUGGGGGACCACCUGUCCAGCCCCCAGCAUUCCUCUAGCACCCCUGAGCAAAGCGUGGCGGCCCAGAGCCAGCAUCACCAACAGUACAUUGAUGUGUCCCACGCCCUGCCCCCCUUUCCUUCUCCUGAUCUCGGCUCGUGUCCUCUGCCUGAGCCAAUCAGCAUGAAUGAUGUGAAAAAAUUGCAGAGCAACUACAGGAUCCACUGUGAGGCAACUUUGGAUGUAGUAAUGAACCUACAGUUCCAUCUCAUAGAGAAGCUAUGGCAGACCUUUUGGUAUUCAACAGCGCCAUCUAGUGACGGAGCCACAACAAUUAAUAACAGUGAUGAAGAUGUGGAGGAGAUCAGAGGUUUCCCAAGAGAGAAGCUGAUUGCUCUGUGUAAAUAUGAACCAAUCCUACUGUGGAUGAGGAGCUGUGAUCACAUUCUGUAUCAGGCACUGGUAGAAAUACUAAUCCCUGAUGUACUGCGACCUGUUCCCAGCACCCUCACUCAAGCUAUCCGAAACUUCGCUAAGAGUCUGGAGGGGUGGCUGACCUCAGCCAUGAGCGACUUCCCACACGAGAUUGUCCGCACUAAGGCUGCAGUAGUGAGUGCGUUUGCGCAGACCCUGCGCAGGUAUACCUCUCUGAAUCACCUGGCUCAGGCUGCACGUGCCGUCCUGCAGAACACCUCUCAGAUCAACCAGAUGCUCAGUGACCUCAACAGAGUGGACUUCGCUAACGUUCAGGAGCAGGCAUCCUGGGUGUGUCAGUGUGAUGAAAGUGUGGUCCAACGCUUGGAGCAGGAUUUUAAAGUGACCCUGCAGCAGCAGAGCUCUCUGGAUCAGUGGGCCACCUGGCUGGAUAUUGUUGUCAACCAGGUGCUGAAACCGUACGAGGGCAGUCCCAGCUUCCCCCGUGCUGCUCGACAGUUCCUCCUCAAGUGGUCAUUCUACAGCUCCAUGGUGAUCAGAGAUCUAACUCUGCGCUCCGCUGCAAGCUUUGGCUCCUUCCACCUCAUCCGUCUGCUCUAUGAUGAAUACAUGUUCUAUUUGGUAGAGCACCGUGUCGCCCAGGCAACUGGAGAGACGCCCAUCGCUGUCAUGGGGGAGUUUAGUGACCUCACUUCAAUGAUGCCAUCACUCAUGGAGAAAGAUGCUUCGUUCUCAGAUGAUCUUGCCAGUGAUGGAGAUAUGUUAAGGAGCAUGAGUGACAGGGACUUGAGUGAGCCGGCCGUGAAGAGAGAGAGAAUUGAGAUUAAUCACUCCCUGCAGGAGAUCUAAGAGCAGGGAUCACAGUGUCAGCCUCGCCCCAGACCACAGCUGCCCCAGCCGGUCCACACCACUCCUCCUCUGCUCCUGUGUGUGUGGAUGUGUGUACAUCUGUUCCAAGUCGGUUGUGUAUAUUAGCUGUGGAUGAAUGGCUGCUGAUGGCAAAGCCAAGGCUUAUUGUGAGGUUUUUACUUUAUCUUGAGGGCACAUAGGUGUGUUUCAGGUCAGUUUGUCUUUCUGCUCUCUCCCCUUUUCACUGCAAAAACAAAUUUUCAUACUCUUUGAAUUCAUAAUAUGAAUUCAUACUUUCAUAUUAUUUGUGUCUUGUUUUCCUGUAAAAUUACCUAAAUAUCCUUUAAAAGCAAUAUACAUUUACUUAAAAUAUUAAGACUUGUUUUUAGAGCAUAUAUCUUACAUUUAAUUUAAUAUUUUUUAUUUUGUGUUAUAAAUGUUUAUUUUUCUUGUUUUAAACAUUUAAACCUUAUUAAAAUUAGAUUUUUCUUAAAACAAGAAUGAGCUAAGAAAAAACUUAACUCAAGACACAUGUUCUGAAAUAAGUCGUAAACAACGGUGCCUCAAGUAAAGGGAAGUUGUUUUUAAGCUGUUUAGAUCAUUUUACUGGAAAUCAAGACAAAGAUAAUGAUUGAGGAAAUGAAGUUUUACAGUUUAGGUUUUCUGCAACCGUGAAACAAGAACGUGCUGUGCUAAAGGUGGAUUUUGUGUGUGCUUUUAUUUUGAUGUGCCAUAGUCUCUCAGUGCCUUAGAUGAGAAAAGAAACACUAGAGCAGAAUUGUCUCUCUCUUUCUGUCUUUCUCUGUCGUUCCUCGGCCGUGCCUCUAAACGCAGAAUGAAUGUAUCGUCUCAAAACCUCAGAUGUCUAAAGCACCUUUUAAAGAUAGUCACGUUUUUAGUAGUGCCAUUUAAAGACCUUCUGCCUCGCCGUUUUCUGCAGUCCCUCAGGCAUAAAUGCAACUCGCUGACCCAAAGCUGCCCGUACAACUGCACCGCAGCGGUGACCAAAACCUGCUGUACAUGCAAAACCUCUCCAAAUGGAGGGUAAACUCUCAAUUCUUGCAGUUUUGUAGAUAAACCCCUGGCCAUAUGAGAUGAGUAGUCGAUACCUCAAUAGUUAAUAAUCUUCUUUGUCUAACUUGACUAUUGUUUAUAAAAAGUUAUUAUAAAAGAGAUUAUUUAAAUUGGUUCCUUCUGAUUGGUUGCCCUACAACCAUCACAUUCUCAUUCGAAAGUUCCAGGAUGUUCAUAUGCCAACUGUGUUGAGGUUAUUAGCUCUGAGAAACCCAAGUACAACCGUUCCCAAAUAUGGUUUGUGAAACAAAUAGACUAGUUUUGUAGUUUGUAGUCAAAGAGUUCUUAGUAGUUUACAGUGCUUAAAAAGAGCCUAGAUAAUUUGUGAAUAUAUUGAGUGUGUGUGUGUGUGUGUGUGUGUGUGUGUGUGUGUGUGUGUGUGUGUGUGUGUGAAUAUGCACGUGCACAAGGCCUCCUGAAGUAACUGUGAGUGCGCGCCAACUAGGUUAUGUGAAUAGUUUUUGUGUAAUUUUAUUAAAACAAACAAAUGUACUGAGAUUUUUACAUAGCCUGUAUACUUUUUUUUUUUUUUUUAUAUAAAGAUAAAAAAAAAAAAACUUUCUUUGGAUAACAGAUUAAGUAGAUAUUGCGUAUACGUAAUGGCAAAAAGGGAUAAAUUGAAUGUUUUAAAGAGUGACAUGUUCUAAUUCUAUAAAAAGUCAUGCCUAAGUAAACUAUUCUUCAAGAUUUAGAAAAUCCAAGAGAGACAUGUCCAGUUACCGAAUAUGCAUAUACUUACAGAUACGCCUCAUCAACUGGUGCUGUACAUCUUAUGUAAGAUCUAUUGAUUAAUUUUAACACUUUUGAUGGAAAGCUAUUUAUGUGCCCAACAGAUUGACGUGAAGCUGGAAAAAUGUUCAGGAGAUAAUGUCAUGAAAUUUUUAUUGUUUUGAUUUACGCUGAACCUGGUUGGGAUUUUUACUGGUGCCUAGUGGCUGCCCAUUAUGGGCCCUACAUGCCCCUCUCUGCUAUUUACAAAGAUAGAUCAUUUCUAAUAGCUGUUUUGUGUUUGUUUCCGAGAAGUGAUUGGCUGAUGUUCUCUCACUGUGGUCGGUUGUGUCCCCGAACGCCUGGCACGGUUCUUUGCCUUGUGUGUGUGUGUGUGUGUGUGUGUGUGUGUGUGCUUGGGAAAGGGAACUUUGUCAUUUGUAUUGUUGUUUUUUGUAAUGCUGUUUAAAAGUUUCUGGCUAAGGAUUAUUUUUAUUGAGGUAAAUGCAAUUCCUCUCACUACUAUAUUGUUUCCUUAUUUUUGCGUCUUUAAAAAAUUGCUCUCUAUUUAGCCUGAGAACAGACUAUGGUCUGUAACAACUGCUUAAUUCGACUGUAUUUUGUACUGGUAAAAUUGUAAUAAAUUUGUGU